AUGAUUUCCGGUGUAAAGAGGCUAUGGACUCCAUCAUCAAUGGCGAUAACCUCCGCCGUAGCAAGAAGAAGCUACAGCGUAAUACCAAUGGUUAUUGAGCAUUCAUCGCGAGGCGAGAGAGCUUACGAUAUCUUCUCUCGAUUGCUCAAGGAGCGUAUAAUCUGUAUCAAUGGUCCCAUAAACGACGAUACCUCUCACGUCGUCGUGGCUCAGCUUCUCUACCUCGAGUCCGAGAAUCCUUCAAAGCCGAUUCAUAUGUACCUUAAUUCACCAGGCGGACACGUCACUGCCGGUCUUGCAAUAUAUGAUACUAUGCAAUACAUUCGAUCUCCAAUAAGCACGAUUUGCUUAGGCCAAGCUGCGUCAAUGGCUUCUCUUCUAUUGGCAGCAGGGGCCAAGGGACAAAGACGGUCGCUACCAAAUGCGACAGUGAUGAUUCAUCAACCUUCAGGAGGAUAUAGUGGACAAGCUAAGGAUAUGACGAUUCAUACGAAGCAGAUUGUUCGUAUUUGGGAUUCAUUGAAUGGGCUGUAUGUGAAGCACACGGGAAAGUCCAUCGAUGUGAUUGAGAAGAACAUGGAUAGGGAUCAUUUCAUGACUCCGCAAGAGGCUAAGGCGUUUGGUAUUAUCGAUGAAGUGAUUGAUGAAAGACCGAUUGAGUUGGUGAAAGAUGCUCUGGGAAAUGAAAGCAAAGAUUAA